GGGUGGCGUUUGUUUCCCCGGUGACGCGGCUGGGCUGCGGGUCUGACGCUGCGGUGGGGGGCUGCUGAUGGCGGAGGAGGCCGCCGGGGGCGCCCGCCGCGGCGGGGAGGAGCUGGAGGCGGCGGCGGUGGCGGCGGCGGAGCGGGGCCCGGGCGCGGCCUAUCACAUGUUUGCGAUGAUGGAGGAUCUGCUGGAGAAGCUGAAGCUGCUGAACUACGAGGAGGAGGCGGCGCUGCGGCGCCACCAUUUGCGGCCCCUGUCCAGGCACUACUUUGCAUUGCCCAUUAACCCCGGCGAGCAGUUCUACAUGUUUUGCACUCUUGCUGCUUGGCUGAUUACUAAAGCAGGACAUCCCUUCGAACAGCCACAAGAAUAUGAUGACCCCAACGCAACAAUAUCAAACAUACUCUCAGAGUUGCGAUCAUUUGGGAGGUCUGUGGAUUUUCCUCCUUCAAAGUUAAAGGCAGGUUAUGGAGAGCAAGCAUGUUAUGUUCUUGAUUGUUUAGCUGAAGAAGCCUUGAAACAUACUGACUUUAGCUGGAAAAGACCAGCAUACCCAACAGAGGAGCUAGAAGAAGAAGCAAUAACAGAAGAUGAUGCAGAAUUGACACUUAAUAAACUGGAGGAAGAAAUUGAGGAAGAAGAGACAGACAAUGAAGAGAACUUUAUUGAUCUGAACGUUCUAAAGGCACAAACCUAUAGAUCAGAUAUGAAUGAAUCCACAAAACAAGAAGAGAUUUUAGAGUCCACAAUCGAUGCAGCAGAGUGGAACCUGGAAGUGGAACGUGUUCUUCCACAACUGAAAGUUACAAUCAGAACUGACAAUAAGGAUUGGAGAAUCCACAUAGAUCAAAUGCAUCAGCACAAAGAUGGAAUCGAAUCUGCUUUAAAAGAGACGAGGGGUUACCUUGACAAACUUCAUAGUGAAAUCAGUAGGACCCUUGAAAAGGUCAACAGUCGGGAAAAGUACCUCAACAAUCAGUUGGAGCAUUUGGUUCAGGAAUAUCGUACAGCACAAGCCCAGCUGAGUGAGAGGGCCUGGGGUUCAGGACUGCUGAGUUCCAUCCCAAUUCUGACAAACUCACUGUGGUCUUGGGCCAAAGAGAAAUACCAGCAGGGAAGUGGAGGAGUAACAGAAAGGACUAGAACUCUUUCUGAGAUUACUGAAGUGUUAGAAAAAGUAAAGCAGGAAAUGGAAGAGAAGGGAAGCAGUAUGACCGAUGGAGCUCCUUUAGUAAAAAUUAAGCAGGCCUUAACCAAACUGAAGCAGGAAACAGUUCAGAUGGACAUACGGAUUGGUGUAGUGGAACACACAUUACUCCAGUCAAAGCUGAAGGAGAAAUCAAAUAUGACUAGAGAUAUGCAUGCAACUAUGAUUCCUGAAACUACAAUAGGUGCCUAUUAAAGUUGCUUGGAAUUUACUUGUAUUUCAGACAAAUCAAUUUUUUUAUAACUUGUUUUUUUUACAAUAUGCUUAUCAUGCAUUUUAGGGUGUUGCAGAUGUGUACAUAGCACUUUAGGCUCUAUAAAUGGAGCCAUCCUGAAUUUUUUGACUUAAAGGCUUUCAAACUUAUUGCAAGUCUUUUAUAAAUACAUUAAUAAAUUCUCAUUAACUAACUUGUCUCUUCUACUGCACUGUAGUAUGUUAAGUAGUAUAAAAGUCUAUUGACACAGCCUAUAAUCUUCAAGUCUUGAUUAGAUAUUGUGUGGUGAAAGAAAAUUACUUGUGGAAGGCUUGAAAGGAAUUUUAAAAUGUCUGCUAUUUAUUCCCAUUUUCAUAUGAUUAACAUUAGUAUUUAAUUGCUGACAUUGGAAUAAUACAACGCCUACCCUUGCCAGAGACCUGGGUCAGAUCUGAUUCUGGCUACAAGUCAAAGUAAAUUGUUUGGUCCCCUCCCAGCCCCUAUUUGAAUUUUAUGUAUAGAACAAAAUAACCUCCAUGUUUGACACAAUUGGGGAUGAUUGAUAGACUUUUCUGAGGAGGUUUUGAUGAGAUUAGAAGGGCUGUUGUAAAUCAAAAUCUCAGUACUUUGCAAGGCAGCUGUUAGUGUCAUGACUCCAUCAGAACCUACACGUCCCUCACUUUGAUAAGCAUGGCAGUAUCAUCUACUGGCAAGUGCACCUGAAAAAUGCAUAAGACCUUGCUUCUUUUCCUGGCUCUGCCAUUGAUUUGCUGCUUUGGGGAUCGGUCCUGCUUUGGGGAUCAGUCCUGCUUUGAGCAGGGGGUUGGACUAGAUGACCUCCUGAGGUCCCUUCCAACCCUGAUAUUCUAUGAUUCUAUGAUUUGCUGUGUGAGACCGUGCAUUGUUCUUGUAACUUCUCCAUGCAUCAGUAACAUUUAUCUAUAAAACUGUGAUAACAAUGGUUAAGUCUCCUUACAAUUGUGGUUGAGAUCUGUGGAUGAAAAGUGCUAACGUUUGUUUAAUUCAAGAAACAUAUUGGUGAUAUUUCUAAGAGACUGAAUCUGUGUGUAGUCAGUCACCAUUUGGGGGAAUUCUGAAUUUGAUGUGCCUUCCUAGAUUAAGGGUUGAACGUUAUGCCAUAUGUCAUUGGAAAAGUUAUUUUUCUCUACAUUUGUAGUAGUUUAACCUGUGACCUUGAUGUCUUGAUCAGAUGCAUAUUCCUAAUGCACUCGUUCUUGAAAUAAGUACUUCCCCUAGUUUAUUUCUGUAAGGACAUAAUAUUACCCUGGCUAUACGCCCAUAUAGUAGUAGCUUUUGGCUGGCGGGGAGAGGAGCACCUUAUGCAGGGUUGCUGCUACUUCCUCCAUUCAGAGGGGUGGGUUGUGGUAGAGCCUUGGCUCCACCCCCCAACAUGCAGGCCUGCACAGUCUCACUGUUGCAGAGGAGGAAGUAAUGUGUGUCAGGUAUAGGACUAGUACAGAUUACUCCUUCCAUGGAACAAUGGGGGAAGCAAGGACUGGACUGAGACAGUCAUAGCCUAAUCCUGGGGCAGCCCAGCUACAUACUGCUAUUACUUUGGGCUAGUGGCAAAGCCACAGUUGAGCCCUAAAUGAGUGUGUGGAUGCAUGACCCCUUCCUUUUUACUAUGAUUGUUCCAUGAGUGCUCCUCUGUGGUUUGCAUAUACCUUGUUCUCAAGUUCUUUAUCCUUUUUUGGAGGCUCAUUCAAAAAACAUAAAGAAGGCCAACACACAUCCCCUUUGAAAUUUCAGAACACCCAAAGGACUGUUUAGCAGCUACAUCUGAAUUAAACACAACACUUGGU